AUGGCACAAACUCAAGCAACCUCAUCCAGCAGUCCCCGGAUUCAUGAAGGGAAACUAGCCCUCGUCACUGGUUCGGCAAGAAGUAUCGGUGCUGCCAUCGUACGCAAUCUCGCUAGCAAAGGAUGCAAUAUUAUCGUGAACCACGCCACAGAAGCAUCUGACAAAGCAGCCGCUGAUCUCUGUAGCGAGCUGCAAACUGCUCAUGGCGUGAAAGCUAUCUGGGUCAGGGCCGAUAUCAGCAACAAGGAAGGCUGUGAGAAGAUUGUCGAAGCAGCUAAGACUCAAUUUACGAACCCCCAGACGGGCAAGCUGCAGCUCGACAUCCUUAUUCACAAUGCCGGCCUUGGUUUUACCGGGUCUCUUGAAGACGUGACAGAGGCCGACUUUUAUAAGAUGUAUUCCGUCAACGUCCUAGGUCCUAUCCUACUAACCCAGGUCUUCGUGCCAUACCUACCCACAGACAGGUCUGGUCGGAUUGUCAUGAUGUCUAGUAUUAACAGCAAAAUCGGCACCGAGGGCACGACGCUAUAUGCGGGCAGCAAAGGCGCGUUGGAAGCAAUAGCACGGGUUAUGUCCCGCGAGUUAGCAGAGCGUGCCACAGUCAAUACCAUCAACCCUGGUCCUGUCAUGACGGACAUGUAUUUAUCGGCGCCGGACGAGAUCAAGCAGACGCUUGCCCGGUGGAAUCCCGUCACACCACUGGUACCGGUUCGACCGACAGAUACCCCGGAGGUGCAGGAGCUUGGGAAGAAGUUUGGUGGACGUGCAGCAUAUGAUUAUGAGAUCGCGGGCAUAGUUUCUAUGCUGUGUAGCCCAGAGUCGGGCUGGUGUACAGGUAGUCUGAUCAGUGCUAAUGGGGGUCUAGCAUUCUCUCUCUAA